CCAUCAACUCGGCACGCGCGUCUACACGCUAUCAAUCAGACCAUCGCGUACAAAAUGCCUUCCCCCCAUACAUGCUUUUACUGCCAGGUGAAGACCGAGGAUCCGAAGCGUUGUGCACGCUGCCGAUUGGUGUACUACUGUUCCAAAGAUUGUCAGGUCGCGUCCUGGAAGGCUUCGCACAAGAAGUCUUGCAGGCCACACGCGAGCUUGUACGACGAGGACGGCAACCCCAGGACUAAAAUUAAGCGGGAGGAUAAGAGGCAGCUUGACCUGGACAAGAAGCUCAGCAGGUGGCUUGAGCUCUGGCGGUCAGCGUUCUGCACGUAUACCACUGUCUGUCUGGAUCUCGCAAACCAUCCUCCCGACCGUGCAAAUACUCAUUGCCUGGUGAUUCGCGUGCAACAUGCACCCGAAGGCGAAGAAAGGAAGUCCAAGCAGUUCCGUGCAGUCGAAGCGCUCAUCGAGGACCGCGAAACGGUGGAGGCAAAAGUGCCCGAGCUAGCCCCUAUCGUCAACGACCCAACGGAUCUGCUACGGCCCCGUUUCUUGCUCGUUCUCGAGGACGACGAGGGCCACAUUCAACGCGUUCGCCUGAAUCAGUGGAAUGACCUGAAUAUCCCGGAGUGGAGGCAGAUGCCGAAGCUGCAGUCUCGGAUGCUCGCGCAGGAUGCGCUUUCGAUUAUCGUGCACUGCAUCAAUACGAUGGAGCCUGAUGAUGUUCAGAAGAUGAUGAGGGGAGGGCGUAGUCGAUGAAGUCAGGAUCUACACUUGUUCUUGAUUGACACUACUUAGAUCGUACCAAUACACAUGCUAUAUACACCGAUAGUGUGUCAUUGCUGCAACGUCCA